AAACCGGAGGCACAGAGUCAGGGACCUGCCUUCAGUCGAAUGACACACUUCCUGUACAGGUGUUAUUUUACACAUCAAUGUAUUGGCUUUAAUCCGAGAGAGCUUCAGUCUGCUGACUGCCCAGUGUAGACCAUGGCUCGGUGUCACACUGACUGUCUGGAGAAACCUCUCUGUAAAGUGUUCGGGAAGUUGGGAGCCCUCGUUGGGCGAUAUCCAUGGUGGUUUUUGGUGAUUCCUCUGAUCAUUUCUGUAGCUCUCGGCUCAGGGUUUUAUUUCUUUGAGCAAAAUGAAGCGAAUGACAUAGAGGAGCAGUUCACUCCUAUUCACGGUCAGGCAAAGUCUGAGAGAGAGUUUAUUAUGAAACACUUUCCAACUCAUGAUUCUCUGCCCUUCUCGGCGCCGAGGCUCUACACAGAGGGGACCUUUGCUUCUUUCAUCGCUGUUGCUAAAGGUGGCAACGUCCUCACAGAGGCAGCAUUUAAAGAGAUUCUGCGGCUCGAUGGGGAAGUUAAAGGGUUUGUUGUUGAUAAGAAUAACUAUUCCAGUCUUUGUGCCAAAGCAGGAGAUUCCUGCUUCUCCAAUGUAAUCUUAGACUGUAUACAGUACGAUGCUGGUCAAGUGGAGAGCUUUAAAUUUACUUAUCCCGUCCAGAAUAGCACAGAAUGUAGUGGUUUCAUUGGUUUGUCUGUGGGGGGAGUGAAGUUAGAGGGAAAUAAUAUUAAAACAGCUUCUGCCGUUAGACUUGAUUAUUAUUUACGAGAUGACGACGCAGCAGAAAAUGUAGUUUACGAGCAGUGGCUGAAGAAGUUUGUUGAAGAUUUUCAAAACAAAUCGACAAAUCUGCAGUAUAUUCAGGUUUCAUAUUACACUUCCGUAUCAAGACAGACAGAGUUUGAAGGAAGCAGCAAAGAAAUCGUACCACUAUUUUCAAUCACCUAUUUCCUUUCAAUAUUCUUUUCCAUUGUGUCUUGUACGAGGUUGGACCCUGUAAGGAAUAAGUUCUGGGUGGCUGCUCUGGGAGUGAUAUCAGCUGGAUUUGCUGUGCUCACAGGCUUUGGACUGCUGCUGUUUUGUGGGGUUUCAUUUGCCAUCAACACAGCUAAUGCACCAUUCCUCAUUCUCGGUAUUGGUGUUGAUGACAUGUUCAUUAUGCUCUCCAGUUGGCAGAAGACAAAGGUUCAUGCUAAAAUUGAAGAUCGCAUGGCAGCCACAUAUGCUGAAGCUGCCGCUUCCAUUACCAUAACGACUCUGACUGAUGUGAUAGCCUUUUACAUUGGUGUCAUGACACCUUUUCGAUCUGUGCAGUCAUUUUGCUUGUAUACAGGUACUACCGUUUUGUUCUGCUUUAUUUACAACAUUACGUUUUUUGGGGCGGUUCUGGCACUGAAUGGGAGAAGAGAAAACAGUAACAGGCAUUGGCUGACUUUCAGGAAGAUUCAAAUGCACCAUCAACCAGGAGAAUCGAAAUUCUAUGGAAUGUGCUGUGUUGGUGGGGAGUAUGAUGAGAUGUCCGGUGCUGAAACAGAGCAUCCAAUUUAUCUCUUCUUUAAGAAAUAUUAUGGCCCAUUCCUCACUAUUAUAUGGACCAAGGUAUUUGUGAUACUGCUGUAUGCAGGGUAUUUGGCAGGUGGUAUCUAUGGUUGUUUCCAGUUACAGGAAGGAUUUGAUCUUAGAAAUCUGGCCACUAGCAGCUCAUAUGUGAUUAAAUUCUAUGACCAUGAAGAUAUGUUUUUCUCACAAUAUGGACCUCGGGUCAUGGUAUCAGUCUCAGAAUCAGUGGACUAUUGGAACACCAGUGUUCAGACUGAAAUUGAACGCUGUAUGGCCAAAUUUGAAAAUAGCACUUAUGUAGAUAGAGAGUUAUCAGAGUCUUGGCUUCGAACAUACAUUGACAUUUCUAAACUGAUGUCUAUUGACAUAACGGCGUCUGAUUCCUUCAUAACAAAUUUACCUAAAUUGUUUAAGAUUGUCCCUUUAUUUCAACAAGAUAUUGAACUCUCACAAGAUAAUAAAAGCAUAACAGCAUCACGGUUUUUUAUUCAGACCAAAAAUGUCAAUGACUCAAUUGCCGAAAAAGAUAUGAUGAUUGAACUGAGAGAUCUGGCCAAGAGCUGUAUAAUCCCUUUACAAGUGUAUCAUUCAGCGUUCAUUUACUUUGAUCAAUAUCUUGUUAUACAGAUCAACACAAUACAGAAUGUGGUUGUGGCAGCAGCUGCAAUGCUGGUUGUUGCCUUGUUGUUAAUUCCGAAUCCAAUUUGUUCUGUGUGGGUGACAUUAGCUGUCGCCUCUAUUUUAGCUGGUGUGGCUGGUUUCAUGGCUCUGUGGGAUGUUAAUCUAGACUCCAUAUCUAUGAUUAAUCUGGUUAUUUGUAUUGGGUUUUCAGUUGACUUCACAGCCCAUAUUUCAUAUGCAUUUGUUUCAAAUGACAAAGCAAGUGCCAAUGAACGUACCAUCGAAGCAUUGUACACUCUUGGCUAUCCCAUUAUCCAGGGGGCGCUCUCCACUAUUCUGGGUGUUGUUGUGUUGGCUGCUGCAAACAUUUACAUAUUUCGGACAUUUUUCAAAAUCAUGUUUCUUGUCAUAUUGUUUGGUGCAAUUCAUGGCAUCGUUUUUAUGCCGGUGUUUCUGACAUUUUUUGGAGUGUGUGGCAAGCAAAAGGAGACACCAACUGAAAUGGAAAGUACUUCAAAAAGUCAGUUGCCUAUUGAUUCGUUUUAGACUGAAGAUCUUCUCCCCCUCCCUUGCCUCCUUCAAGACCUCUUUUAAGAUCCUCUUCUUCAACCGUGCCUUCGGUCAUCCCCCUUACCCCCCGCCCUUCACCCUCCCUGAUCCCGAUCCCCAGCUCGGGUCCGAAACACUGAUUGUCCAGUGCCUUGGGAUGUCCUCCUGACGUGAAAGGAGCUAUACAAUUGUAAUUUUCUUCUGAACACCUGCCAUGUACGUUUUCAUACUUAAACUACUCUUGGUUAAGACUAAACACAUGAGAGAAUCAACACAAUGUUUUUAUACAUCAUAAUACUGCAAUUGUUUUUACACUAGACACACGAGAGAAUAAGAUGGAAGUGUUUCACAGAUAUUUCACAACACCAUGUAAAGUGUUGUGACUGCAUUUUAUAGACAAAAUCCUAUAAAAUAUUCUCACGGAGCCCAUGUUUUUUNGCUUAUCACAGAAGCCCUUGUCCUCUUUAUUUUCCCAUUAUUGUCUACCUGAGGUCCAAAAUUUUCAUGAUUUUAAUCUGAAGAUCAUUGUUUUAAAAUGCAAGAACCUGCAGAAUUUUUGAAGAAAUAGAAUAUUCAGAACAACUGGUAUUUAGAUAGUGACCUUCACGCAAGUCAAAUUAAUAAACAAAAAUUAAAUUAGAUAUUAAAAUUCAGGUUUAAUUUGUAAUAUGUUUUUUCUGCACGUUUUUUUAGGAACUGUUUCUCGACACAAUUUUGAAUUUUAAGUCUUAGGGUGCUUUCUAUUGUAAAAGACCUAUUCCCUAUCAAGUUUGUUUCGUUGAAACGGUGUAUUAUCUAGACUCCAAUCUGCACAUUUAAUAUUCUAAGGAAAUGUUGACAAGUAUAUUACCGUCUCCCAAAGUUAAUCGAAGCUAAAACUCUAGAAUAUCGACCUAACCAUAUCUCCUGAAACCAUAUUCAUGGAAUUGUAUCAAGAGCAGCUCAAUAUGUUAGUUCCAACUUUUGAACAUUAUCUGGAGUUAUAUUGUACACUCUACACUGCACUGAUUUAUGUAUUUUGAAAUGCAGAGGUUUUGUUAAUCUUGUCAAGCAUUUAUAAGUGAAUGCCAAUGAUACUGAGAAAACAGUGAAUUUUGACUUUCUAUCUACUAUGAAAGAUUUGUAUUAUAUGUAAAUUAUCUAAAUCUGCUGAUGAUACCAGUCUGGGGCAGUUACACAGUAGCUGGAAAAACACAGAGGGAUUGAUUACUUCAGAAGUAGCCUCACAAGGCGAGCGUUCAUUUCAUGCAGAUCAAUUCCAUUUGAU